GGGCAUUGUGCAAUCGAGGGGUUUCCAGCCAUUGUCUAGAAAUGUACAAUCUUAAAUAUCACGAACUAUGCUGACUCUUGUGAAAACAAGUAUUGCACAAUAAUGGGGUUCGGCAAAGCCCUUUCCUAAGGCAAGAAUUUCCUCAUUCCUGUUUACACAACUGUUUGGGAUUGCCAUAUAUAUAAGCCCCUCCACCGCCACUUGCCUCUGUUUCACCCAGAGGAGCAGCCAAGAAAGUUCUGCAAGGAAAGAUGACAGCCUUGACUGGUUUCCGCCUGGCUCUGACUCUCUUGGUGGUUGUGUCUGUGGAGGAGAGGGGAAGCUUUGGACAGGAGGCAGAAACCAGCUGCUGUGAACGUGAGUGCAAAAUGGCAUGAGGUGGGAGGUGAUCUUUGUUUCUGGACAAGUAUAAAAGGCAGUGGGACAGCCGGUGCCUUUUAUUCAUCCAGUCUAUUAAAUAUUUUAAUCUGGGCUGCAGAUUGUUUUUAUGUUACCAUGAUGUAAGGACAUUUUUUUGCUUGUUUAAUUACUAUUUUAUAUUGCAUUUUUAAUUUUUUUAUUGUAAGCUGUCCAGGAAAUGUUAAUUGUACACCUAUAGAAAUUCAAAUAGUUGUGCAGAAGGGUUAUAAUGAGUAAAGCUGGGCCUAAGUUUGUUCUUCUGUGCCAUUAUUAAGGGCAAAGGAGCCAAUUGUUUGCAUCUCAUCAGACCACUGUGUGGCACAUGUCAAGGCCAGCACUGUUUCCUUAAUUAAUUGUUUGGGUAUGUGAAAGUAUAACUCAGGGGCUUACAUUUUAGUCACAGGGAUGUGAUAAUGUUUAAUCUACAAGCAGUGGAGGGGCUGGGAGAGUGAGGCUCUUGAGGAGGACUUUGAAGGCUGGAGAGAGAAGUGAUUUGGUAAAUUGAGUUGUGAUCUUUGAAACAAAGGGCGUUCCUCAAAAAGAAGCAGCAUCUAGUCACUCUAUGUGUCUCUGUCUUCUGGCUGCAACUAGCAUUUUCUUCAAUUUCCUGUCACUGUUCCCUUUAAAUGUUCAGAUUUGUCAAGAUAUUCCCAAUCAGGCCACAACUACCGUAUUUUUUGCUCUAUAAGACGCAUCAGACCAUAAGAUGCACCUAGUUUUUGGAGGAGGAAAACAAGAAAAAAAAUAUUCUGAAUCUCAGAAGCCAGAACAGCAAGAGGGAUCGCUGCACAGCGAAAGCAGCGAUCCCGCUUGCUGUUCUGGCUUCUGGGAUAGCUGCGCAGCCUGCAUUCGCUCCAUAAGACGCACACACAUUUCCCCUUACUUUUUAGGAGGGAAAAAGUGAGACUUAUAGAGCAAAAAAUACGGUAAUUUCAUGAAUGAGGCCAGAGUGGAAGGGGCAGGUGCCUAAUUGGUCUUGAAUUCCAUAAAAACCAAGCUUCAGGUCUUUCAGAAAACUCUUCAAGAUAAGAUAGCCCAGGUUUCUUUUUCUUUCCUUUUAAACUGUAGUCAAAUGGUUGAUUUCAUACAUGAUAGCUUUAAGAUAUUUACCUGAGAAAUUUUAAGUAUACCUUUGAAAAGGUAAACAAGUGGGGCUGUGCUUGAAUCUGCAAAGACAUCCACAUAUCCAUUAGAAAGCCAGGGAUUAUCAAUGUCCUUUCUGAAAUACUCAACAGGGAUUCUUAAAUUGGCCCACAUUUAAAUUAAGAUAUAUGGAGAUAUAUAUAUAUAAAGGAGAAAAGGUUCCCAUGGUUGCUUUAACAACCCUAACCACUUCCAACAGCUCAGGAAAGUAAUUUUCCUUUCUCAAAAAUCCUCACAACAGCUGCUCUGUAUGGUUGGUAAAGGUGAGAAGAUGGUGCCUCAGGAUAUGAACCUGCCUUCCCCUCAUGUAAAUUCAGUCCUAUCUGCUGCACCACAUAAGACGCUUGGCACUCCAGUCCUUUCUUGGUUUAAUAUGCCCAUGCCAGGGAACAUGUCUUGUCUCACACAGGUUUAUACGCUGUCUCACGUUUCCUGUUUCAGAGCUGAAGGGCCUAUCACAUUGUGGAGCAGGCGGGAUCUUUUUCCAGGGCCAGCCAGGGAUACCAGGAAUACCAGGAGUGCCUGGAACAAGCGGAUCACUUGGGCCUAAGGGUGACCCAGGCCCUCAGGGUCCUCCAGGUAAGAAGAUCCCAAUCUCUCCUUCAGAGUUUGUGCCAGACAGAUCUGGAGAUCAUUUGCUCUAAUUCAGCCUCAUCACUGUGGAGAAGAGGCUCGCUGCUGUGCUCUGCAAUUGCAAACACCAUGUCUAGUAGAGGGGCUGUUAGGGGCAGGAAAGACUGUUUCUAGAGAUGUUUUGUUUCCAAAGGUUUCAUCUCUCACCUGUUCCUUCUCAGGUGAGAAAGGUGUGGCUGGGAUGCCUGGGAAAGCUGGACCCAAGGGAGACAAAGGAGACAAAGGUAAUAUUGCAUCUAUAACUCCACUGUGAGGGGAUGGGUGUGGCAAUGCAAGAGUUUGGAUUAUUCACAGGGGAAAGCUGAUCCAGGUGAACACUGCACUGUGCAUUGUGCUUGAGCAGAAACAGAUCCCAGUUCUAACAAGGUGACCCUCUUUGCCUCUACUACUCCACUGGAGGAAAAGGAAAAUAAACUCGCAUAAAAGCAUGGGAUCUGGAACUGCUUUCACUCUCAUGUUUCUUUUUAGCUUGUUCACCUCACCAGACGUUGUUUUCUCUUCCUGCAGGAGAAGACUGCAGUUUGGACACUCCUGCUGGUUGUCAGCCGCAAGGUAUGUCUUAUCAUCAUCAUCAUCAUCUUAAUCAUCCUCUUGCUAGUAUAGCUAGCUAGCUAGCUAGCUAGCUAGUAUAGUUAGUUAGUUUGGUUGGUUGGUUGGUUCAACUCACGGUCCUUUCCAAUCUAACGUAAGAUGGCUGAGAACAUAGAUUAUGAGAAUAAUACAGGGAAGGGUGAACUUAACCCAUGAGAAAUUAUAAUUCUCUGGUUAAUAAAAAAUAAUAAUCCCAUGGUGGAAGUUCAAAUUAAACUUCUCUGUAUUCCCAGAAUCUUGUUGAUUUCUGUGCAAAACCAAACAUGAUAAAGACAGUAGAGGGCCAUGUUGCUCUCAUCACACACAUACUUCCAGAACGGAAAAUAGGUGAACUGUUUUGCAUUUUCCUCCCUGAUAUUUCUCCUAGAGGCUGGAGCCAAAGACUGCAAAGAACUUCUGGAACGUGGAGAGACCCUGAGUGGCUGGUACACCAUCUAUCCUGCCGCAGGGAAAGCAAUGGUGGUCUUCUGUGACAUGGAGACGGACGGAGGAGGCUGGCUGGUGAGCUUUAUCCCAUGGAGAAGGAAGAGCCAUCUCUUUAUGACAUUAAAAGGGUGUCAGGCAAUAUGAUGCACACUUUUCAAGAAGUGGAAUCCCCUGCCAGGAAGGCACUUGGGCAACUCCUUCCUCCAGAGACAUCUCCUUCACUGAGCAAAAGAGACUUGGCCCGGGGUGCUAAGCAAAGCAAAGGCAGCCCCACAUGCUUUCUGCUCAUGCAUGCUCAUAAACAGUAGACUAGAGAGAGGAAGCAGUAGGAGGAGCUGCCUUCCCUUGAUUGCUGGCUUUGCAGAGCUCAGAGGAGGUGUUGUCCAAGGGUGUUCUGUAGGGGAACGGAGGAGAGUUUGCUAUUUACGGCUUGUCCACACUUCCACAAUCCUUUGCUUAAAAAACAUGGGUCCGAAAGGUUUUCCGCUUGUCCUGUGCUUUUUGAAAGGACAUGUGGUGUAAGCUGAAAGCAAAACUAUUAAUCUGAAUCAACAGAGGAGGGAACAUGUACAAGUCUAUCCCUUACCAUGUUUUUUGUUUACGUUAUACAGUGGUACCUCAGGUUACAUACGCUUCAGGUUACAGACUCCGCUAACCCAGAAAUAAUACCUCAGGUUAAGAACUUUGCUUCAGGAUGAGAACAGAAAUCGUGCUCCGGCAGCGCGGCGGCAGUGAGAGGCCCAAUUAGCUAAAGUGGUGCUUCAGGUUAAGAACAGUUUCAGGUUAAGAACGGACCUCCGGAACGAAUUAAGUACUUAACCCGAGGUACCACUGUUGUGCUUUGUAGAGGAGGUAUGGUGUGGAAACCCUGCUGAUGCCCUUGCGAGAAUUUAUUUUCAUUUUUUUAUGAGGUUAUUGUCCUCAUUCCCUAAUUUAUCACCCUGUUGAGAUAUGUUAGACUGAGGAAGGGUCAGUAGGGAUACCUCUUUAUAUUGUGGGGCCUGUUCCAAAAGCAAUCAGUCUGCCUAAAAGAGCCCACCCACCCAGGUGCACCAAUUCUAUGGGGCUGAGGUGUCUUUGCCCCCCUUAAUAUUUGCUAGGAUGGGGAUGGGCCCCUCCAUGUUGAAGGAGGCAGAGCGCAGAGCCUAGCAUGGCGCGGCUUAAGUGUCAGCCUCCUCCUGAGCACAUCUGAGGAGGAGCUGCUGGCCAUUGUAGUUGCCCCAUGCCGGGCUCUGCUCGGCCUCCUCCCGGCGAUAUGUGAUGUUGCGCACAUUGCAUGUCAUGUGUGUGACUUCAUGCGCACACAGCACACGGUGGGCCCCCUCCAUCUUAGCCUCUGCACCUAACACUUGUAGGGAAUAGGAAACGGGCUUGUCUUUCAGCCGGGACACUGACAUAUCACCUCCUCUUGCCCCCAGGUCUUCCAGAGGCGACAGGAUGGCUCGGAGGAUUUCUACCGUAACUGGGAGUCCUACAAGAAAGGGUUUGGGAACCAUGCGUCAGAGUUCUGGUUGGGCAAUGAUAAAAUCCAUCUUCUUACAAGCUCUGGUAAACCAACGUUUCCUCUUCUGUCUGAUGCUGGAGCAUCACUGGAAAGCUUGGGGAUUUUUAAUGAAUAAUGGAGAAAGGUGUGGAAUCAGUUAUUGAAAGCUCCACCAGAGUCGGACCUGUGAAGUUUUUACGUUGGGAUAAAUAGCUGCAGGGUCAUGUCUAGAGCAUAUCAUUGGAAGAGUGCUCCUAGUGUGUACGCUGUGGAAUCCCACAGGGCACUAUUUUAUUCCCAAUGCUAUUCAACAUCUAUAUUAAGCUAAUCACUGGGAGUUUUGGAGCAAGGUGUCAUACACUGAUGAUACCCAGCUUCAUUACAUCCGAGUCAGGACAGACUGCAAUCCCUGGACAUGCAACCAGAUGCAAUGCUUGACUAGAUGAGGGUCAGUAAAUUGAGCUUGAAUCCUGCAAAGGCUGAGGUCUUGCAGGUGAGUGGUUCCUGUGUCUAGGCGGUAGGUCAACUGCCUGUUCUGAAGGAGCAGAUUUUCAGCUCGAGGGGUACUCCUCCAUCCUUCUUUGAUGGUGAAGUGAUUUGUGUGGCCUUCUACCAGUUGUGACCAUUCCUAGACUGGGAUAGCCUGGCUAUGGUGGCCCAUGCAUUGGUAACCUCAAGACUUGACUACUGCAGCAUGUUUUAUGUGGGGCUCCCCUUGUAUCUAGUGUAGAAUGCAGUGGACAGACUUUUCACAAGAGCAGGUUACUGGCAGCAUGUUACUCCUUUCCUAAGACAAACGCACUGGUUGCCAGUUUCCUACAGGGCAGGUUGAAGUUUCUUUUCUUCUUUUUUAAAUGAUAUUUAUUGAGAAUUUUAAAAUUACAAAGAAACAAAGAGAAAAAAAGAAGAAGGAAAAAACAAGUAAGAUUUAAACAAUACGAAUCAAUAAAAAGACAAGGUCAAAAAAACAAAAAACAAAACACAUAAUACAUCAAAAUCAAAAAUCAAAAAUAAACAAAAAAUUUAAAAACAGAUCCAAUAUUCCCAAAUCAUUAACUGUCAUUACCUUGUUUCCUCGACCUCCUCACACCUCCCUUUUUUGUAUUCUAGUUGUUAAUUGUCUCAGCAAAUCCUUUCCAUCUUUCAUAAUAUUCUGUCAUUAAAUUACCUUAAUCUAUUUUAACCGUAUCUUACCAUAAAAGGCCCUAAAACUUAAAACUUAAAUCUUAUUUAUACCAAAUUCUCUCAACCAUGACAUAUUCUUACAUAAUUCUUUUUAACAUUUCUGCUAAAGCCAAAUAAUUUCAUUCCAACAUUUUUCUAAUACUCUUUACUUUUACAAGUUUUUCCUAAAUAGAUUGUUUAAAACUUUAUUCCAAUCUUCCUCCAGUGUCUCUUUCUCCUGGUCUCGGGUUUUGUCAGUCCUUUCUAUCCCAUCCAUCUAGUCCAUCAACCUGGUAACCUUAUAUCCGAGGCCCUUGGAUCUCUUCCAUGUCCCAUCCGCAGAUCUUCUUCAUAUUUAUACCUGUGCUUUACUUUAUCUUCUGCUCCUUUCACUCGGGGAGACUCCAGCUUGACAAUGUUUUUGUCCCUUCUCGACAGAUCAGCCCCUUUUCCAAAGUCAACACUGAACUCCAUGUGGUAUUUAAAAGCAUGUUUCAAGGCCCCUCCAAAGUUAAAGGCCCCCACAACUCCGAAUGCCUCCCGGCCCAAAGCCAGACUUGAAAGGUCAAAACAUCCCUGCAUAGGGGGGGUCUAUCCAGCCCCCCAUCUCCAAGCCAAACAGAACUCUGUCUCUCCAAAUCUGGCUUUUUCCAGGUUCAUUCGUCAAGUCCAACAACUCAUGUUCCUGCUGGGCCACAGUUCCCUCCAUCUCUACCUCACGAGGUCCAGCAACAACCUCCUCCCUCAUCUGAUCUGUCAAAGCACACUCCUGAAUUAAUUCCUGAGUGGGUUCUAUAUAGGUACCCACUGCCUGUCCAAACUUUCUGAUCCCAACAGUCAUCAAAUCCAUCUUCUCAUGUAACUGUUCCAAUAAAGCACUUGUCUUACAAAAGGCAAACACCAGAGCCUCCGAGUACAUUCUUGUUGAAGGUCAGAGUCUGGUCCCACGAUCUUAAUCUAUUUGCAGCUGCAAAGCUCCCCAGUUCGGAUUUAAUAACAGUUUCACAAGCUCCCUCUAGGGGAAAAAGCUUCUAUUUGUAUCCAUCUCUCUCUCUCUCUUUUUUUUUUAAAGCAGAUUUAACAACAAAGUUUCCUUUUUCAGAUAUUUUGUCAAAAUUUUGUUCCUUUUAGAUGUGAAGGGGAACAAUGGAAUCAAUAUGUUUCUCUUCUUUUAACUAUCUGUCAAAAACGUUUGUCUAUAGUCAAUGAACUUCCCGAGGACGUCUGUCCUGACACCCCGCUCCCAGGUUCAGGACGGUGGAGAAUUGCUUUUCUUUACUUAUCUUCUGCAGGUUUAAUCAGUCCAGAAAAAGUUCCCCCUUCUUCUCCUGCUUCCAAGGGGGGUUCAGUGAUUUUAAAUGAUGAAAAUUGAUCCUUUACAGACGAUUUUCUAAACUCUAGCUUGCCGUGUCUUUGCUUCAAUCUAUUUACAAAAAGCGGAAGGCAGACUUCCUGUUUAGACCUUCCCGCUUCAGUGCCAAAUUAAAAGAAAUUUCUUAUUCCAAUUUUCCGUUCUACUCACGGACAGUUAUUUAAGCUCCAAUUGUCCACAGGAAAAAGUCAGCGCUCUCCGGCAACAGCAAUGCGGCUUCACUCCGUGAAAGAAGCAGUCGAUUCAAAGCACCGCGCCACUCACCCCACGUCGCUCCGGAUCCCCGAAACCAGGUUUCCCCGCGAGUGUGGGGGGGCGCAAAGGUGCCGGCCGAAUCCCACGUCCACAGGCUUCUCCCGCCUGUGGUUUUUGAUGGGUCUCCGCCUCGCCGUGGCGGUUCAGACCCUGUUUUCCACGGAGCGGAUUCCUCCCGAUCGGAGGAAGUCCGCCAUUGCCAGAGGCGCCAACCCGGAAGUUGAAGUUUCUUGUGUUGAUUCACAAAGCCCUACUUGUUACUUUUUUCUGAACCUCGUCAACAGUUUGCUUCCGUGAAAGGGUGUUGGGAAUUGUUUCAUUGCAGUAGUGCAUGAUCACUUCUAUGCCUGAAGCUGGCUCCCCAUGCUUGUGAAAUUUCCAUUCUUGGGACAGCCACAUCUGUUGAGUAGCUAAGUAAUUGUACUGCUUUGCUUAAGUGUCCUUACAAAACCAGAACUAUGGCUCUGCCUUCCACCCCGCCAGCUGCCACAGCCUAGAGCAAAAGCUUCAUUAUAGCUGUAAACGUGUUAAAGGCUUUCUCUUGUCAACAAUGACACAACCCCUCUCACACACUAAGUAGAAUAAUAGAAGCAUAACCACCUGACCCCAUCCCACUCACCACUCCUCUUUCCCCCUUUCUUCUUCUUCUUCUUCUUCUUCUCCUCCUCCUCCUCCUCCUCCUCCUCCUUCCUAAUUAUUUAAACCAAUUCAUAAACCAAGAACUUAUACAUUGACCACUAAUAAUGAAACCUAUGUGUCAGGGAACUGCCAUCGGAGCUAGAGGCGGAGGGAAGGCUCCAGAGGGAUGGUGGAGAGGGUCCCAGUAGGGAGAGAGGCAGCCCGUCCGCUGGGGAAGGAAAUCAGCGUAACACCAGUAGAGAAGGCGGGCAGAUGGGGGAAUCGGAGAGGAGGCUCCAAGACUCUUCACCGGAGACCAGCGGAGAGAGUACGGGUCCUCCGCUGCCCACACCCUCCCUGCGCAGAAGGCUUCCGCGCAGGGAGUCUGGGCGGAGACUAGGCGUCAAGGAAUUUUUGUGUUGGAAGAAGUUUAAGAAACGCCCACUGACGGAUUCUGCCAGCGACUGAGACAGUCACGAUGCUGGAGGCUGUUCAGUCAGAAAGGGUUUAACCAGGUAAUCCUCGCCAGCAGUGGUGGCAACUUACGCACGAGCAACCCCUAAAUCCAUUACACUAUGUCAUAGAUAUUUUUCCACAUUUAUUAUGCUAUUUUUGUGUGAUAUACAUAUGACAUGAGAAAACUUGGUAUACUUAUUUGUAUAACAUUAUUCUUGUUUAUAAAACACUAUAAAAAAACAAAAAAACAAACCAGUGCUUACUCUCAGAUCUCUUCCAUUCUCUUGGGGGUUAGGAGUACAACAAUUGCGAAUUGACGUGAAGGACUUCAAUGACACUAGAACUUAUGCUACAUAUACCAGCUUCAAAGUCUUGAGUGAGAGGGACAACUACACACUGGAAGUGGGCUCCUAUUUAGAUGGCAACAUGGGUGAGUUAUACAGAGAAUUCUGUUUGAGGCAUCUGCUUCAACGUGUCCUAAAAACACGAAUAUUGCAUUUUUGAAGGUCCAGGAAUUGAAUCUAGGAGGACCUUCCCCCUGCAGAGCAUCUCCUCUGGCACUUAUAUAUGUGACCUAGCAGGUCUGUGCUAGCAGUGCAUCAGCCUUUUUCCACUGUCUUAGCACACAGAGUUAAUGUGAAAGAGGUGAAUUCGAUGUUUUCCCUGCUCUUCUCUUUCAGGAGAUUCUUUCUCAGGACACGGGGGCAUGGCCUUCUCCACCCAAGACAAGGACAACGAUACCAAUGAAAAAGGCAGCUGCGCUGUGGUUUACAAGGGGGGCUGGUGGUACAGUGUCUGCCACUCUUCCAACCUGAAUGGCCUGUACCUCAAAGGCGAACAUUCUUCUUAUGCUAACGGCAUCAACUGGUAUUCUGGGCGGGGGCAUCAUUAUUCUUACAAAUAUGCAGACAUGAAAUUUAGACCUCAAUAGGUGAAGUGUCCACCUGUUCAGGAACUUGCUUCUGCAUUCCAUGCCUGGCAGGGCAAUCUCUGAAUGCGGAAUCAUCUGCUUUUAAAAUACAACACACACAGAGGCCCUCCUUGGAGCACAGGACACUGCAGUGGCCUGAACAGGAAGAGGCCAGUCUGAUGAAGCACCUGGUUGUCACUUGCAUAAGGCCGCCUUUUAUGAAUGGUAGAAAGUAUCCCACAGUGAACAUUUCAAAUGGACAAAUUGUGGCUGGCUGCUUGCUUUGAAACACCCACAACGUCCCCACAUAAAGCAACAGCCUUAUGUUGAACUGCAACGCUGGUGGGUAUUGAACACCACACAAGAAGUUUACAUGCCGGUGCAACUGCUUUUUUAAAAAUGAUGUGAAAUGCUCUCAUUAUUUUUAUAAAUUCCUAGUCUGUGGCAUGAGGAUGAACAGAGUUCCCAUGUUUUGUCGCUUGGGUGCUUUAUCACUGCACAUUGGUAAAGCAACACAUCACAAAAUGAUGCAUUUUCAUAUGUACAGUCAUAUCAAUAAUAGUUUUAUAUAGAGUUUUGUCGGUGCACAUUGAUAAAUGGAGUGGGGUUGGGGAGAUAUGAAGGAACCAAAAGUUGUAGCAAACAGCACAUUUGCAAAUAAAAACUAGAACAAUGCAAAGUUCCUAAUUUAUCAGUUAAUACUGCCUUGUGCCUUUUACUUACAAUUUGCAGCCAGGUUUCUUUCCCCCCUGUAGUUCUACAAUCAUUCUGACAUUGCACUGGAGAUUAUAAUCACGAGGGCCUUUCUAGAAUACUCAUUUAUACAUUUUUAAAAGCACAUUUGUGUUGCUAAAUACCUACCAACCUCCUGUCUUCUCUUGAGGCUUAAUUUUUAUUGUAGUAUUUCUCAGGUUUCCAGUUAGAAUAUUUUGCCAUUGGGAAAAUACAUACACAACAUAUUUUAUUCUUUUACGGGCCACACGCAUCAGAUGGACAUCAAAGCUAGAAAAUGACAUAAAGGAGUUAUUGCAUUCAGAUAA